UCUCCAUUGGCAGCGGGCCCAACUCGCCGCAGCGCGUCGUCUCCAAUCUGCGCGGCUUCCUCACCCAUCGCCUCAGCAACAUCACACCGAGCGACACAGGUUGUUCACUGGCAUUCCAACAACUCGUACACCUCCAACAACAGCAACAACAACUACACCAAAACAUGUAAAACCACACAGCAACAACAGCAACUGUAACAACAACAAGAAAGGCAGCAGCAAACACCACAGUUAACCACAAGCAACGAUAAACCACCUCAAAGCGAGCAAAGAAAGCUAAGAAGGCAAUUAGCGCAGCGGAAACGGAAACGGAAACGGAAGCGGCCAUAUUUGUAGCGAGCGCCAAGCCAUUUCCGGCUGUAAUCAUGACGGCAUACCAGAUCGGAGCAUAAAAGCUUUAAAGAGUAGUACAAACACGAGACGGGACGAGAGGAAAUCGAGAAGAAAACGGUCGCAGAACUUCGUACACCUCAGCGAUUAAUUUAGGUGCAACCAAAAUGGCCUCAUUCCAGAUACCUGUUAUCAACCUCGAGCUGCGCGAGCUCAAGGACAUCGUGUGGGAGAAGAUCCAGGAGCCGGUCAACCAGCGUCGCCUCAUCCUCGUGAUCGUGUCGAUAGCCCUGCUGCUGGACAACAUGCUCUACAUGGUGAUAGUGCCCAUCAUACCCGACUAUCUGCGCGAGAUCGGCAGCUUUGACGAUGGACCCACGCAGCCGCCUCUGAGGGAUAACAUCACCGGGCAGAUCAUACCCGUGCACCACGACCACCACGGUCAGGACUCGGCCACGGGCGUCCUGUUCGCCUCGAAGGCCAUUGUCCAGCUGAUGGUGAACCCUUUCUCGGGCGGCCUCAUCGACAAGAUCGGCUACGACCUGCCCAUGCUGAUCGGCCUGACCAUCAUGUUCUUCUCCACGGCGGUAUUCGCCUGCGGCAGCAGCUACAGUGUCCUCUUCUUUGCCCGCUCCUUGCAGGGAGCCGGCUCCGCUUUCGCGGACACCGCCGGCCUGGCCAUGAUUGCCGAUCGCUUCACCGAGGAGAACGAACGCUCGCAGGCGCUGGGCAUCGCGCUGGCCUUCAUCAGCUUCGGCUGCCUGGUGGCGCCUCCGUUUGGCGGGGCCCUCUACCAGUUCGCCGGCAAGGAAGUGCCAUUCCUGAUCCUGGCGCUGGUCUGCCUGCUGGACGGCCUGAUGCUGCUGCUCGUGAUGAAGCCGGUCAAGGAGGCGCUGAAGCAGCGCAAGGAGGUGCAGGACCAGGUGAUACCCAUCUGGCGUCUGCUGAUGGACCCCUACAUAGCCGUCUGCGCCGGUGCCCUUACCAUGUCCAAUGUGGCGCUGGCCUUCCUCGAACCCACCAUCUCGCUGUGGAUGGAGGACAACAUGACCACGGACAACUGGAAGAUCGGCAUGGUCUGGCUGCCCGCCUUCUUUCCGCACGUGCUGGGCGUGGUCAUCACCGUGAAGAUGGCCCGCAAGUAUCCGCAGCACCAGUGGCUGAUGGCCGCCACGGGACUGGCCCUGGAGGGCUUCUCCUGCUUCAUCAUCCCCUUCUGUAGCGGCUACAAAAUGCUGAUGCUGCCCAUCUGCGUGAUCUGCUUCGGCAUUGCCCUGAUCGACACCGCCCUGCUGCCCACGCUGGGCUAUCUGGUGGACGUGCGCUACGUGUCCGUCUACGGCAGCAUCUACGCCAUCGCGGACAUCUCCUACUCGAUCGCCUAUGCCGUGGGCCCCAUCAUCGCCGGCGGCGUGGUGGAGGCCAUCGGAUUUACGGCCCUCAACUUCUUGAUUGCCUUCUCCAAUUUGGCCUAUGUGCCCGUGCUGCGCAAGCUGCGCAACAUCUACGACUUCAAGCCGUUCGAGAACGAGGCCAACAUUCUGAUGCAGGACCCGCCCAACAAGGAGUACCAGACCUACGUCAUGCACGACCAGAAGCCUGUCGAGGGCGGCGUCAAGAACCACCUGGAGUACGGCCAGCAGUACCAGCAGGAGCAGGAGACCAAUCUCGAUGACCAGCAGUACGAGUACCAGCAGCAGCAGCAGCAGGGCUACCAACAAUCCGGUGGCUAUCAGCAGGACCAGGGCUAUCAGCCCGGCUACCAGGAGCAGGGCGGCAGCUACGCCCCCCAGGGACAGCCCCGCGUGGCCAAUCCCUUCCAGCAGCAGCAGCCUCAAAGCAGAGGUCCUGCCGGACCCGCGAAUCCCUUUAGGCAAGGAUUUUAAACUGUUGCCCCAAAGCAAAAAACCAAACACACAACCCUAGUCUUAAACCGUGUUCUCUUGUACAUCCCCGUGUGCAGCAACUGAACCCACUAUAAACUCGACACAAAACACAUAUACAUAUAUUUAGCAUAGACAUAUAGGCAAGUGGUACGUACACUAUAACGAGCAUAACAAGCAGAUAGUUAAUACAGCAGCUAGUCAAUGCCUUGCACAGCACCAACUCUUGUAUCAUACACGAAUGUUGAAGCAUCCCACUAAAAGCAGUGAUGGGAAGGGUACUAUUUCGGUUUACCUAGGUGGGCAGCCGAAAAUUAUAAUCCUAGUUGAGGCUUAAGGUAUACAGGAAAAAAUAUUAAAAGGCAAACGAAGAUUUAAAGUAAAUUAUUAAACUUUCAAAUUACAAUUUAUGAUUUGAAGUAAAAUACCUGGACAUUGCAAAAAAAGCAUACGAAUAAAAUAACAUUGCAACAUCAGAUUAUCUUAAUCUCUGUAUGAUUGGAUAGUUUUUUAAAAUUAAAUAAAUUUUAAAUUAUUAUUUGUCGCAUACAGUUAUUUACGAAAAAGUCAGUUUAGGCAUGAUUCAAACACCCGGGUAAACUAAAAAGUGCCAAUGCCUAAUUCCCAUUGCUGACACAACGUAUAUGUGCAUCAGCAUAUAGCAGCUAUAUAGAGCGGUCCGAUCGGACAGCCUAUGCCCUAUACUCAGUACUCAUGCAGCCGUUUUCGUGUCUAUCAGUCAGUGAAGCUAGAGAAACCAAAGCUUAGACAUAGGUAGUCGAUAAGGGGAGGACGAGAACUCGGACUCCCGCCAUAUCAAAUAUACACAUGCAUAUAUGUAUCAGAUAUCAGAUAUUAUAUACACGCAUAUAUAUAUAUAUAUAUAUCUAUAUACAAGCUAGCUGUAAGCGGCUGAGCUGGCCAGUGGACCACUUUCGCCCGAGUGCCGCCGUUUCACAGGCAGUGGCAUCCAUAUCGCAGACAUAUCACAAGUUGCACAAAUCGAAACCUCCCCCGCCCGCAGAACCAGAGGAACUCUUUCGGGUGUCAUUGUGGCGGACUUGGGUCGAGAGUGGAUUCCCGGCCAGCCUGGCCAUAUGAUUUGAGGUUUAAAAUAAUAUUCAGUUCAACUUUUCUUAACAUAAGACACAACCAAGGUAACGAUACAUAUCAGAGUCUCGAUGGCUCGCCUGUUAAAAUUACCAAAAGUGAUAUUACCUAUUGCUACUAGUCUAUACAUAAAUAUAUACCUAUAUCGUAUCAUAUCGGUAACAUACACAAACACACCUACUUUUAGGCAAACGUACAUGAAGUGUACAUAAGUUAUACAACCAACGGAAACAGAAAUCAAUUUGAGAUUCGAAUUCAAGUUUCAUAUUUACCUACCAAUCAAUUAUUAUUUGCUUGUUGACUCUAUGAGCACGUGUGCGACUCCGAUCAGGGGACUGCCGCCAUAGUAGAUCUUCGAUAGCAUAGCAUAAAUGUGUGUACCUUGUCUAUAAGAUAAAGAUAAACCUAAAGGAACAUAUUGAAUAGCGAUUAUUGUAUUUUUGAUUCAUUUCGACUGCACCACUUUUAGGGCAGUUUACUGCCCCUAUAUUAUACACCUUUUAGCUGGAGCCCCAUCUCCACCAUAGCGAUAAGUAAAUUGAUCUUUUAUAUACAACUCAGCAAGCGUAUAUGGAUGUCAGAAUAGUUAUGUACAUUUUGCGAAUCGAAUGCGUUUAGUCAGCAAUUACAGUUAAUUACGAGUAUAUCACAGACUUUCUAUAUCCGUGAACAUAUCAGUGAAACGGCCAGAAUAAAUAUGAGUAUCUUAUGAAUUACGAAAGCAAUUGGUUAGGUCACAGUCUGCAUAAAUAUACGCUAUACAUUAACAGAAAUGCACUGAUUUUAAAGAAGUUACAAAUUAUGUUCUUAGGAUUUGUUUUAAUUUCAUUCCUUUUAAAUGUAGAAACCCUAGCAAAUCAAGAAUGUUGUCUGUUUUAUUGGGUUGCUUUGGUUUACAAUUUAUUAUAAUUCUUUUUGUAUUUUGGUUUUUGAUAUUCCAAUAGUUUUCCUCGUUUUACCGACACUUACUUACACAUAAAAUAUAUACAUAGCUCUACAAAUUUACAAAACUGUAGAAAUACUCUUAACUAUAAUAUGAAUUAAACUCAUGAAAAAAUCUCCCAUCAAAAGUAUCAAUUAAAACGAAGGACAGGUAGAGUUGGAGGAUAAAGUGUUGAAGCAAACUACAUAUUUAUAUAUGAAAAGCAAACGAGAAGGAAACCAGAACAAUUAAUAUAGUCAAAAACGUACAUAUAUAUUAUUAUGUAACAUAUUAUACAUAGAAUGUUCAUUUAAGUAGCUAACAAUAGAAUUUUAAUUACAAAUAACCAAACAUAUAUAAAUAUAAUGAAACCUCCAAAAAGCAAUAUUUAUUUAAGUUUCCUUUGGAACAAUCAUCUAA